GAUAGAAAAGCUCCUUGUGUUUGCAUUUACCCUGGAGGAAGACCACUAAUCUUUCCUGAGCUACCUAAAUAUGUAGUUAGUCAACAUCAUGAGUGUCACUUAAUAUUGCACCACAGUGUAAGGUCUGCACUGGUUUAAGGAAGCUGUGUGCCCUGCACCACACUAUAUGUGUCAUCCUCAGCCUCUCCUUAGCUCUUCCAUUCAUAUUUCAUUCACAUGUUGAUAAAAUUAAGAGACAAAGUGUGUAGACCACACCACCACAUACAAACUCCAAGUUUAGUAACAAAACAUAUCUUUUCAGGUCUGAUAGCUCUUGGUGUGAUCACUGAGAGAACCUAAACCCCUCCUCUGAGAGGUGGCUCAUCCCCUCCCCUGAGAGGUACACUCCCGCCGGUCCUGCGCACCUCUCGGUCACGCAGCGAUGGACUCCAUCAGCGUGGACGGCCCGUCGGCAGGCGAGUGUCAGGUACACAUCCGUCUGUGCAGCAGCCGCGAGCCGCUGGUGCUCGGCGUGGCGCGUGACGAGACCGCCGAGCAGCUGACGGUGCGCGUGGCGCGACACUGCCGCAUCGGGCCCGUGGCGCGCCACCUGUUCAGUCUGUGUGACGAGGAGACGCGCCUGUUCCUGGCCGGCAGUCAGCGCGUGGGGGGCGCCGUGCGCCGGUACACCUUCCUGAUGCGCUUCAAGGUGGCGGACGUGGUGCGUCUGCGCGCGCUCGACCCGCACGCGUUCGACUACCUGUUCCACCAGGUGCGCGAGGCGUUCGUGAUGGGCACGUUCUCCAACAUCCUGCGACAAAAGGAGGACGCCCUCGGUCUGGCGGUGACUGACAUGUACCGGCUGAUGCGCGAGAUGAACGUCCGACGAGAGGACGUCGAGAAGGACUACAAAUCCUUCAUCCCGCGCGACCUCGUCAAGAUGCACUCGUUCUUCCUCAAAUCACCGAUCCGUAAGCACCUCAUCAAGCUGGAGCAGGGGCCCAUCAACGACGUCAUGUAUAUCAAAGAGAAGUACGUGCAGAAGGCGCUGGAGAUGUGCCCGACGUACGGAGACGAGACGUACACGGUGCAGCGCGACGAGGCGGGCGUGGUGCGCCAGUGGAAGCUGGUGGUGGACCCGUUCCACCCCACCCAGCCAGGGCUGAGGAUGAAGACCGACGGCGGCGAGAACUCCAUCCACAUAUGCACCAUCAGUGACAUCUGCUACAUCUCGCUGAGGAACGACAACAGAGUCGAGCUGGCGCGGAAAAACGGCGUACCGCAGUACUUCCGAUUCGCAUCAGAGGCCGAGAUGACGUCGUGUGUCAGCCUGCUGGACUCGUACUACCGGCUGAUGGAGAAGUGGACCUUCUGCCUGAGCAAGGACCUGCAGCUGCCAUCCCAGCUGCGCCUCAAACAGCGACGCUGCCACGGCCCCGUCGGCCAGGAGUUUGCGCACCAAAAGCUGCGCGAGAAACGGAACAACGAGCCGGGGACGUACCUAUUGCGGCAACACUCUGAGGAGUAUGACGUCAUUCUGGUGGACGUGUGCCAACCCAACUGCGAGCAGCCGCUGACGAUAGCGAUCGACGAGACCGCUGGCGGCGGGUUCCGGUGUCCUGGCGAGGAGGAGGAGCACGCCUCCAUCCAGGAGCUGCUCGCCCAGUUCUCCACCGACCACCUGGUCCAGUUCAAAGAGUGCCUGCCGCCAUCAGAACACGACGAGAGCCCCCUACGGUUAUGUCGAGACCUUAGCUCAGACGAGGAGGCGGCCAGGCUAAAAAGCAAACAGAAAAUGGGAAACGACCAGCCUCUGUGCAUACCGGCCAACUCGCUCAAACUAUACACAGGCCGGGCCGCCGAGGUGUACGGCCGCUACACGGUGGUUCAGCGCGCUCAGUGGCACACUAGUUCGGGCACUACCCGCCAGGUGGCAGUCAAACGGCUACAGCAGCACCUCACCAAGGAGCACCUGCAGGACUUUAUCGACUCGGUGAGCGCAGCGCUGCAGUGGACCUGUGACGCCGUGGUGCAGUUCCGCGGCGUGUGCCUCACGCAGGCCGUCUCACUCGUCAUGGACUGGUACCCGCUCGGUCCGCUCGACUCCUACCUGGCAGAGAACAAACACACACUCAUGGAGGUUGAUCUGGUGGAGGCCGGCACCUACCUGGCCAAGGCGCUCUGGUACCUCGACGAACAGGGCGUCACCCACGGCAAACUGCGCUGCCGAAACGUGCUGGUGUCGUCCCGGGCCGAGAACAAGUUCCACGUGCGCCUGGCCGACCCCGGCCUGCGGCUCUACACACAGAACGAUCUCCACUGGGUACCUGUAGAGUACUUUGACCAGCUGCAAUCGGUGGCCUACUCCUCGGCAGCGGACGUGUGGUCGUAUGGCACCACGCUGUGGGAGAUAUUCUCCUACGGACAGACGCCGCUAGAGGGAGAGGACCUCGACAUGGCCAAACAGUUAUACCAGCGCGGCGGCCGGCUGCCGCCGCCCAACGGCUGUCCCCGCGACAUCUACCGACUCAUGUGCGACUGCUGGCACCACAUGCCGCACAACCGAAAAACGCCACAGGCCAUCAUGCGUGACAUCAACCAGAUCCUCUACAACGUGUUCAACGCGCGACAGGUGCACGCGUACGCCACCCUGUCCAACAGUGCGUCCGUGGACAGCGGCGAGGGUGCCGGUACCCCAGUGGACGGCACAGUGACUACCCUGGGCACCGAUAACACCACAGUGUCGGCAAUAGAGUCCGUGGCGCCGCCUAUGAUUGACCUGCUGUCGGAGCCGUUCCCGGGCGGUGCUGACCUGGCCCGGGUCAUGUCACCGGAGUCGGUCGACCCCGAGGGACGCACCAGAGACCGUCUGGUCAGCAUCGGCAGGCACAAGCUGCUGAUCCCCGGCGUGCCGACGUCUCUGGGCGGCGACUCGGCCGAGCCCGUCACCCCCAUCUCGCCGCUGGAUAUGUUCGAGGAGGCGUGCCCGAGCUUCCCGCGCGUGCUGCAGCUCAACCAGGGGCAGGUGCAGCUCGGAGACCGACUGGGAGUGGGUUUCUACGGCGAGGUGUACAAGGCGGUGCUGACCCACCAGGACGGCACCUGGGAGACGGUGGCCGCCAAACGGCUCAAAAAGAAGGCCAUCAGCACGGCCGGGCUGCAGGACCUGCAGCGCGAGAUCGCCAUACUCAAGGACCUGGACCACGAGAACGUGGUCAAGAUGCGCGGCAUCGUGGACGAGCCGGAGCUGAUGUUGGUCAUGGAAUACCUGCCUCCCGGCGCGCUCAGCUCCUACCUGAAGAUGUACUGGGACAAACUCACCACGCACCGGCUACUUAAGUUCGCCAAGGAUGUGGCCAAGGGUAUGGAGUACCUGGGUGAAAAGAAGAUCGUGCAUCGAGAUCUGGCCGCUCGGAACAUCCUGGUGGCGUCGGACACACACGUCAAGAUCUCCGACUUUGGGUUGGCUCAGGUGACGGGCGCCAACACCUACUACUACCUGAAGACCAACCGGGAGCUGCCCUUCAGAUGGUAUGCCCCGGAGAGUAUCCGUUACGGCAAGUUCUCGUCUCUGUCGGACGUCUGGUCGUACGGUAUCACGCUGUUUGAGAUGUUCUCGGGCGGCGAGGACCCCCAGAUCCCCAACUGUGACGACCAGAAGCUGCUGGAGACGCUGGACCGCGGCGUGCGGCUCUGCUGUCCCUCAGAGUGUCCGUUGGGCAUCUACACGUCGCUGAUGUGGCCCUGCUGGGACGAGCAGGCGCACAUGCGGCCCUGCUUCUCCGACCUCGUCCACGAGUGUGCAUCCCUGAUGCGCGAGUACUAGAGACGGAGACGACGACAGCUUUGGAGGAGGUGAAAGCACAGAGACAGUCAGGUGCUUUUGAGGUGCUUCUGUGCUUUUGGGGUGUCUCAAAAGCACAGAGACUAGCGGGAGCAGUCAGGUUUCUGAGGGGAUGAAGGAAGGCAGCGGCGGAGAGGUAGAUACCCGCCUGGGAGAAGGCUGUCUAGUGUCUGACGCUGAGGGGUCGAGCUGUCCGUACUGCCAUAUGCUGGUGUUUUGUUCUGUGUGCUAUAUUGUUGGAUGCCUCGAGAGCUGCUGCUUUUCGUUCCGGCGCAGUGGUGGCACUGGAAUUUUGAUGGAAGGAGCUGCGAACUACUCGGGCUACAUAUAGUCCAUCGUUUCCUUUUGGUGUGGUGAACGAAGGGGCUCAUUAAAUGUGAGAUCUGCGUGACUUGCACAUGUAGUGAAUUUGAUGCUGACGCAUUUGUGCUUUACUGGGUACUGUUGAGUGUUUUUGGCAUCCAUUAUGCUAUGGAUAACGCACAGGGUUUUGCGAGAAAUGUCACGUCCGCAUUUCUGGAUAUUUUAUCCGGAGGAUUCAGCGCAUGUGAUGGACUUUGUGCGUAGAUGUACGCAGCUGUCGUAAUGCUGACUGGUGAUGUUUUUAUUGAAGCUACGCAAGUCGGUACCCAAGUUUACCAUGAUGCUGCUGGCAUCGUAAGACCAUGGUGUUGUGAACGCGGCCUAGUUAGUUGUGCAUUAGUAGUGGCUGGCGGCGCUCUUGUGAACACUAACGCAGCCAGUCUUUUGACUGACGCUGAGCCUUUUAUUGUGUGGAUAGGGGUGUGCUGACUGCCUUGGUGAUUCGCGAAGUUACUUUGUCUACUGUGAUACUACGAAGUUGCCCUUCGUGUGCGACCGGAUGGUUUUUGAUGUGCUUCGCUGGCCUUAGUGUCGAUUUGAGGGUAGCGGUGAAAGCUAUGUCCACUCGAUGUUGAUUUAUUCCUUCAAUUAACUGGAUGUUUUAAGUAUAUGAAUCUCUAUGUUCGUUACCCAGGCUCGUUAAUGUACCGUGUUGUGCCCGUGCUACUGAAUCUCUUGUCCGAACCAAUGCUUACCCGGCGGUGUCCGAUGAUACACUCCGUCUACCCCGCUCACCGCGGCCAGCCUCGUGUCCCGCUGUGCUCAAGGUCUGUCCGAGACGCCGUCAUGGCUCCACCUUCUCUGGUCUGAGGUCUGAGCGCCCGUGGCCGGCCAGCCGCCUCGUUUGUGCGCUAUUUCCGUCUUAGUGCCGGGACGGUGGCCGUUCGGCGGUGGACGGGAAAUGGUCCACGGUGACGGGACCGGGCGGUAAGUGCUCCGCUUUAGGGUCCGGUGUGACGCAUCACUGGGAGACAGUGUGCGCCGAGCUACUGAACGUUAUUUGGAAGGGGCACUGGUGGCAAAAUCUUCGAUCAAAUGUCAGGUAUUCGUAUAUUUGCAUCUGAUAUGAAUUAAUUUGCGAGAGAUAUGCAUGAUAGAUAGAUGCAUCUGUCUGCGUCGCCGCAAGAAUAGAUACACGAGUACGCGCGGGACGCUCCAUAUUUCCGACAUGCUCUUGUAAAGCGAACGUUGAGAUUAUGCUGUUUGUGGUGAAUGUAACCCAUUUGAUCACAGCUCUGUCGCAUUGCAGAGGUGUACUCGUGAUUGACUUUUCCUGCACGCCAUAAUCAAUUUUGUUUACCUUUGGCUGUGUUUAUAUAAUAUUUUAGCCAUCGUGUAUGCAUUCACACGUUCUCAUUUUUAUGUCGCUCAAGUCGUUUUAGUCUGAUAUUUAUCUUUUUUCUAUACUUGGCAUGCAUAGGUAAUGUCGUUAUGUAGCGUUUCCUGGAAACAAAGCUAAAGACAUGAUUGCUCGCACAUGGCGUCGGUCUGCGCUGCGCAUUGUGUGUUUUUUGCUGUGAUUGGCUGUUUGCCAUGCCAGGUUUGUUGUAGUCUGUCAUAGUUAAGUAUUUUGAGUGAUUCGAGUGUGCAGGUCUCCGGA